CCACCACAUUCCUCCCGGAAUGGUCCCCCUCCUCCCUUCUUCACCAGGUCAUUCCCUCCUCCCCUUCCCUUCCCUGUAGGACAGCUCUGUCCCUCCACGAGAGUGAAUGAAGACUGGAGCUUGAAGGAUCUUCAAACUGAGAAAUGUGGUUCUUAUAUUUCCUGGUGUCCAUCCUGUUCUGCGGGGUGGGUGGCUCCAUUCCCAUCUCCCCAAAGGUCUAUGGGGAGGUGAUUUCUCCUCUGUACCCCAAGACCUACCCGAACAACUUUGAGACAACCACUGUGAUCACCGUGCCUAAGGGAUACAGGAUAAAGCUUGUCUUCUGGUACUUCGACCUGGAACCCUCUGAAGGCUGCUUCUAUGACUACGUUAAGCUCUCUGCAGACAAGAAAACCCUGGGAAGAUUUUGUGGGCAGCAGGGCUCCUCCCAGGGCCACCCACCAGGCCAGACAGAGUUCAUGUCUCAGGGCAACAAGAUGCUUCUCACCUUCCACACAGACUUCUCCAACGAGGAGAACGGCACCGUCAUAUUCUACAAGGGCUUCCAGGCCUUCUACCAAGCUGUGGACCUCAAUGAAUGUGCGGCCCAGAGCAACUUGCCAGAGGAGAUGGCACAGCCCAGAUGCCAGCAGCUUUGCCACAACUAUGUGGGAGGUUACUUCUGUUCCUGUCGUCCAGGCUAUACCCUCCAGCCGGACGGACACUCCUGCAAGGUCAACUGCAGCAGCCAGCUGUAUACGGAGCCAUCGGGCUACAUUUCUAGCGUGGAGUACCCGAAGCCCUAUGGGCCGGACCUGCGCUGUAACUACAGUAUCCGGGUGGAGCGUGGCCUCACCCUGCACCUCAAGUUCUUGGAGCCUUUUGAAAUCGAUGACCACCAGCAAGUGCACUGUCCCUAUGAUCAGCUACAGAUCUAUGCCAAUGGGAGAAACCUAGGUGAGUUCUGUGGGAAGCAGAGGCCCCCAGACAUGGAUACCAGCAGCAACUCUGUGGAUCUGCUUUUCUUCACGGACGACUCUGGGGACAGUCGAGGCUGGAAGGUUCAUUACACUACUGAAACUAUCAAGUGUCCUCAGCCCAAGACCCUAGAUAAGUUCACUAUCAUCAAGAAUCCGCAGUCUCAGUACCAGUUCCGGGAUUACUUCAUCGUCACCUGCAAGCAAGGCUACCAGCUUGUAGAGAAAGGCCAGCCACUGCUCUCUUUCACAUCUGUCUGCCAGGACGAUGGCACAUGGCAUCGUGCCAUGCCCAAGUGCCAGAUCAAGGACUGUGGGCAGCCCCGAGCACUGCUGAAUGGAGCCUUCAGUUACACUACCCCAAAUGGGGUGAAUACCUACGAGGCCAGUAUCCAGUACCGCUGCAAUGAACCCUAUUACAAGAUGCAGGUUGCAGAUGGCAGCAGCGAGUUGGAGCGAGGGGCAUUUACCUGCACAGCCCAGGGCCUUUGGAAGAAUAAGCUGGCAGGAGAGAAGAUUCCCCGGUGUUUGCCAGUGUGCGGGAAACCAGUCAACCCUGUAGAACAGAGGCAACGCAUCAUUGGAGGGUCCCCAGCCAAGCUGGGCAAUUUCCCCUGGCAGGCUUACACCAACAUCCACGGGCGGGGAGGUGGGGCAUUGCUGGGUGACCGCUGGAUUCUUACCGCGGCGCAUACCCUGUACCCCAAGAACCAAGGAAACACAGGCAGACAACUCCACAGCGAAGACCAGGAUGGCAGCGACCUAGACAAGAAUGUGAAUGUGUUUCUGGGUCACAUCACCAUUGAAGAGAUUGAAAAAUCCUAUCAUCCCGUCCGUCGGGUAAUCGUCCACCCGGACUACGUCCAGCAAGAUGCCUACAGUUUUGAGGGGGACAUCGCCCUACUGGAGCUGGAAAACCGUGUCACCUUAGGCCCUCACCUCCUCCCCAUCUGCCUUCCCGACAAUGAGACCUUAUAUGACGUGGGUCUCAUGGGUUACGUCAGUGGGUUUGGGGUGAUGAGAAACAGGCUAUCUCAGGAUUUGAAGUUUGUCCAUCUGCCUGUGGCUAAUAGGGAGGUGUGUGAAAGAUGGCUCCGGCAAAAACAAAGGAAAGAUGUGUUUUCUCAAAACAUGUUCUGUGCCGGGGACCCGAGUCUGAAGCAGGACGCCUGCCAGGGUGACAGCGGAGGCGUCUUCGCAGUGAGGGAUGAGGACAGCGACCACUGGAUGGCCACAGGCAUUGUGUCCUGGGGCAUCGGCUGUGGCAAAGGAUACGGCUUCUACACCAAAUUACUCAGCUACGUGGACUGGAUCAAGAAAGAGAUGGAGAGGGAGGAAGACUGAACCCCCAGUCUGGGCCAGCAUCUGGAGAGGGAUGUGUCCAAGAAAAGCUCCUAACCAAUUUGAGGACCACAAAGGAUCCAUAUUAAACUCACUGAUGCACAAAAA